UCUGAUAUCUGUUCAAAGUUCAAACUAAUCAGAUAACCAUAUGUGAUAGGCCUGAACCAAAGAAUUGCAGAUUAUAAAGAGGUAGAGAAACAGAGAAUUGCAACUACUAGUCAAUAAGUCAAAUCAUAGGCAAGGGCGUCGAUCCUCCACGAAGUUAGUUGGAAUCUGCAAUCUAGAUAAAACCACUGAUCUCACUCACUAUUCAGUUUUCAUCCCGCACCUAGAAAAAAAAAUGGAUAUCAAUUCUCACGCAAUUGCACGCGCCACCGUCUUCCUCCUCUUGAUCUUCUUCUCAACCCCACCACCCGCCGCCGCAACCACCACCACCGCCUUAACAGCAUACGACGUCCUUCAACAGUACGAUUUCCCAGUCGGGCUUCUUCCUACAGGCGUCACUGGCUAUGAAUUGGACGCUGCCACCGGGAAAUUCAAAGCGUACCUCAAUGGCUCUUGCUCGUUCGCGAUUGAUUCUUACGAGCUGAAGUACAAGUCCACCAUAACUGGUGUUAUCAGGAAAGGCCAGAUCACUGAUUUGAAAGGGAUUGAAGUGAAGGUGUUUUUUCUGUGGCUGGACAUUGUCACGGUUACUCGUGAUGAGGGUGAGCUUCAAUUCUCUGUUGGAAUCGCUUCUGCGAAUUUUGCUGUUGAUAACUUUGAUGAGAGUCCAACUUGUGGAUGUGGCUUUGAUUGUGUUGAUGGAAUUCGGAAGUUUGUGAACAAGUCACAUGGUUUUCUGCUAUCAUCAUAGUUAGGUACGCUUAAUUGAAUAAGAAACAACAAAAGUCUUAUGAUCCCACUAUGAUUUGUUAGAUGUGUUGUAAAUUAUAAUGUUAGGAUCCUUCAACAACAUAGCAUCAUGUAUGGUGGAUAAUUUAUUUGUGAUUAGUCUGUUGGGAUGAGAAGUGUGUUACAAUUUGAUUUUCCUCUGCUUUUUUAUGUGCUUGUUCUGAUGUGUGUUUGGUGCAGGGGGUGUUUACAUGUUCUCAUAGUGUUUUUCUUUUGUGAUCAUGUCUGUGGUCUCCAUAAGUUUUAAUUC